UAGUGCACUUGAAGCAUUUUUAGAUUGAGACAGGCCUUAAAAUGGCCGACUGCGUGAUCGGUGCCUUGACUACUGAACUAGAGAACAGAUUGAGACGCACCCCUCAUUUCCAGAAAUGGCUAGUUGAAAAGUAGCGACAUUGACAUUAAACGAGCCACUAACCACAAUAACAACAGGACCCGACUGGACGUGUCGCAGUGUAGCAGGUACUUAGAAAUAACAAAAUAAAAUUUAGUUAGGACGCGACAAAAAAAGUCGCUUAUUCAGCACCAGUAUCUUUUGACUGAACAUUUACUCUCUGUGAUCCUAAAGUGCUCUACUGGAUUCAGAUCCGGUGACUGGGAAGGCCACUGAAGAAACUGAAUUCAUUGUCAUGUUCAUGAAACCAGUUUGAGGCUUUUGCUUUGUGACAUGGUGUAUUAUCAGGCUGGAAGUAGCCAUCAGAAGAUGAUAAAUUGUGACCAUGAAGGGAUGCACAUGAUCAGCAGCAAUACUCACAUAGUCUGUGGCACUCAAACGAUGAUCGAUAUUGGUAUUAACGGGCCCAAAGUCUGCCAAGAAAACUUUCCCCACAUCAUUACACUACCUCCUCCAGCCUGGACUGUUGACACAAGGCAGGUUGGGUCCAUUGAUUCGUUCUGUUGCUGCCAAAUUCUCACCCAACCGAUGUGCCUCGGCAGAAAUCAAGAUUUAUCAGACCAAGCAACGUUUUUCUAGUCUUCAGCUGUCCAGUUUUGGUGAGCCUGUGCCCACUGUAGCCUCAGAUUGAUGUUCUUGUCUGACAGAAAUGGAACCCAAUGUGGUUUUCUGCUGUUGUAGCCCAGUCACCUCAAGGUUCGACAUGUUGUACAUUCUGAGAUGCUUUUUUGCCCAACACAAUUGUACAGACUGGUUAUCUGAGUUACUUCUGGUAACUCAUGUUUAAAAAAAAGGAUAUUUAAAUUAGUCUUUCUGUCAGCUGAAACCAAUCGGGCCAUCCUCUGUUGACCUCUCUCAUCAACAAGGAUCAUCACUGGAAGUUUUUUCUUUAUUGCACCAUUCUGAGGAAAGUCGAGAUACUGGUGUGCAUUAUAAUACCAAGAGAUCAGCAGUUAUAGAAAUACUCAAACCAGCCUGUCUGGCACCAACAAUCAUGCCAUGGUCAGAAUCAUGGCGGUCACAUUUUUUCCCCAUUCUGAUGGUUGAUGUGAAUAUUUGCUGAAGGUGCUGGCCCGUAUCUACAAGAUUUUAUGCAUUACACUGCUGCCACAUGGCUGGUGUUCGGAAUAUGUGACUAAGCAGACUCUGAAAAAAAGCUCUGAAAGCAGUUUGGAUCAGCGAAUAGCAGUAAACCUGGUCUCUGUUUGGACUUGUGGACACCAUGGUUUGAUGAGCACAUCUAAAAAUUGUUGCAUUUGAACAUUUACCAUGGCCCUACCUGAUAGAUGGCCUAUUACCUCUAAUGUGGAGGAUCUGACGGAAGACGAAACACCACUGCUGCAGAAAUAUGCCGAACAACAUACAGUGCCUCCUCAGUGCUGCUCUGUGCGAUUCAACCUGGCCUUCAUGAUGUUCCUCGGCUUCGCUGUGGUGUACGGCCUCCGGGUCAAUCUCAGUGUCGCUAUGGUCGCCAUGGUCAAUACAACUGCUAUCCAGUCAUCCUUCAAUGGCAGUGAAUCAAAGGAAUGCCCAGCAUCUUCUACUACCUCUAACAGCAGCAGUGAAAAUCCCAAUCAGCCAGAUGGGGUACCAAGAUACCCAUGGAAUCCUGAGACUCAGGGCUUGCUGCUGGGUGCAUUCUUCGUUGGGUACUUUUUCACCCAGAUCCCCGGGGGCUACCUGUCAGGUCGCUGUGGUGGGAGUAAGUUCCUGGGAGGAGGAGUUUUUUGUACAGCAGUGCUCACCAUCCUCACUCCUCUGGCUGCUGAGCUCGGGGUCAAUUGGCUGCUUGCUCUAAGAGCUCUGGAGGGGUUUGGAGAGGGUGUAACAUUCCCUGCCAUGAUGGCUAUGUGGGCCUGUUGGGCCCCUCCAUUGGAAAGAGCUCGUCUGAUGACUAUCUCAGGAGCAGGAGGAAAUUUUGGUGCUUUCCUUGCGUUCCCUCUCACAGGCUUCAUAUGUCACAGUCUGGGCUGGCCUGCAGUCUUCUACCUCUGUGGGGGAGCAGGAUGUCUUUGGGCAGUACUGUGGUUCAUUAUGGUGUCAGAUGAACCUCAGACACAUCCAAGAAUAAGUGACCAAGAAAGAGAAUACAUUAUCAACUCUAUAGGUUCAGAGGGAGGCUCCCAUGGUUGGUCACUGCCGCUGUUGCCUAUGCUGUGCUCAGGCCCUCUCUGGGCCAUCAUCAUUGCACAGAUGUGUUCCAACUGGUCUUACUACACUCUGCUUACCUCGCUGCCUACCUACAUGGACACAGUGCUGCACUUUGACCUGCGCCAGAACUCCUUCCUGUCGGCGUUACCCUACUUGGGUGGCUGGUUGUUCUCCGUGCUCUCAGGUGUGGUAGCGGACAAUCUUUUGGAGAGGAAGAUACUAAGUGUAACGGCUGUCCGCAAAAUCUUCACUUUCGCAGGUUUGGUCAUACCAGCAGCACUCCUGGUUGCUGUUGGAUUCUCCGGGUGCAGUGGCAUUCUGGCUGUCACCUUUGUCACCCUGUCCAACACUCUCGGGGGCAUCAGUGCAGCUGGAGUCUUCAUUAACCAGAUUGAUAUUGCUCCUCAGUAUGCUGGCAUACUGCUUGGGAUCACCAACACUUUUGGCACUAUCCCAGGAGUACUUGCACCAAUUGUAGUGGGUCAUCUUGCCAAUGAUCAUUCUCUGAUGGGCUGGAGGAAGGUCUUCUAUUUGUCAGCAGGACUGAGUGUAUUUGGAGCCUUACACUACAUAUUGUUUGGCACUGGAAAGAUCCAAACUUGGGCACGAAGGGAGAACCAGUCAGAAACAGAGACUGAAAAAUAGCAAUAAACUUGUUCUAAAAAGGACGCUAUUCAAAUUAUUUACUAGAAAACAUAAUUAAUUUUUAAAUGACUUUCAUUAUUUUAUGUUCUUAAUAUAAGAACAUAAAUGAAAAAUACAUGGAAAAAAAAGAACAUUUUUAAGGGAAUAAGGGAAAUCAAUAUGUUUGUUUAUAUACUCGAUGUUUGUCUAAUCCAGUAUAGCCAAUAACGUGGUUAAGGUUUAUCUGAAAAGGUAAAAUAAGGUCCAUUCCAUGGGAAUAACUGUUACCUCUUAUAACACUGGAAUGUCUCUACAUUUUAUUUGACUUUAUAGAAAAUCUCGGUUCAUGAAACACCAGCACCACCUUUACAAUGUGUGGCAGUAUUUACAUGUACACAAUGUCAUUUUUCAAAGCAUUUUGUGUACUUCAACAAUUUGUAUACGUUUAUAGAAACGUACAUUUCCUUAACUCUUUAUAUGCCCAUGUUUUACACUUUAUAAAACAUGUUUACUAUAUAAAUGUUUUUAAGCUGCUGUCUAUAAUAAUUGUAGCAUUGAAACAUUGCAGUUUUACACACAACUGCAAAUGGAAAUAUUUGCUUUUGUGUUGAUUUUGUAAUUUUUGUUGCCAUUAUAUUUUGUUUGUUGAUUCCUAUUUUAAUCCUUUUUAUAUUAAUAUGUAAAUUACACUUUCAUAUGAAAGUCUGAAAGUGUUAAACAUUCCGUAUAUGAGGGCAUUCAUUCUGUGGUUCAUUCUGUGGAUACAGUAAGACUCUUGUGAGAUGUUUUGAGUAACAUGGUAACAUAACAUAGAUUCCCAUAUAUGCUGGUAUUUUUUAUUUAUUUUUUUUUUAAAGAUCAUGAUUAACCAAAAGUUACUUUGGUAUUGUUGUACACUGCCAGCCUACAUCACAUCAUAGUUUGAGGGAUGAGCAUGUGAUCCAAGUGGGAACCAAACAAGGGAAGCAGGUGGAGUUUAUUUUAAUAACAUACCAUUAAGCUAUGUAAAUGCUAAAGAAUGGGAAGACCUUACCUACACUGUACAUCAGGUGCAUAAAUACUGUUAUAUUGUUAUUGAUAGUACUUUUAUAGUACUUUUAGUAUUGUUUUUUUUUCCAGAGGGUAAUAAUUUAAAAAGCUUUUUUAACUAAUGAGUGGCAAUAAAAAUUGAGGAAUGCUUAAUAAUAAAUGUUAAAAGAACUUUGAAGAAAUGUGUAUAAUUCUUUUUCUCUGACUUGAAUUCUAUUGGUGCCACUGUACUAAAAAGUCCCUGUGUAAGUUGUUGCUAUAGAAACAAAAACUUUUUAGGAGCGCUCAUUACACACUUAUUUACAACUAGGCACAUUUAUCUUAGCCAGUCCACCAACUAGCAUGUUUUGGAAAGGAGGGAGGAAAUCAGAGAACCGGAAAGAAACCCACAGACACCAGGAGACAUGUGCAGAAACUUCACACAGACGUUAACCUGAGCUCAGGUGCCACUCACAGCACAUACUGAAGUGUUUUAUUCCUCUUGUACCACAGUAAUUUUCCAUAAAAAAUGUUUUAUUAAAGAGCGACAAGUUAGCGCCUUAUGUUAUCACUUAUAACCACUUAUACCUCUAAACAGUCGCUCUCACACCAGCAGUUUUUUUUUACUUUCUCUUGAAGUUCUUUCCCAUGUCAAAAUACUUACAGCUAACUGAAACUGAAGCUGACACUGAAGAGCCCUUCCAAAACUGCUAUAUCUCCUCACAGAAAGCUUCAUCACAUCAAUGAUUACAUGUUCUGUUUAUGUGGAGCUUCCCUCUGCAAUCUAUUACUAUGAAAACAAUAGCACAAUGAGCACAUUCGACUAAACUUUCCAGUCUGUCCAAGCCAUCCUGUUUUAAGAAAUGAAUCUGACCAAUCAGAUUCAAGCAUUCAACAGCGUGGCAGUAUAAGGGGUUAGAAUAUGUACAACACAAAAGCAAUUCUCAAAACUAUUUAUUUGUAGAUCAUUUGUAACAGUUACUUUUCUUUCUACUGCAUGUAUAUGUAGUUAAUAGUCUACUGCCCACAGACCUACUGUCAAGAUUAUAUUUUAUUUUAAUUUUUUACCCCAAAUGUUUUACUUGAACUGCUCAUACAUUCACUGUGUAUCUGCUGGCAGUGUCUUAUAAAUCUGUCACUGGCUAAAGAAAUGCUUAUUUAAAGCUACCACUAGUUUUA